AUUUUUUUUAUUAAAUAUAAAUUUGACAAAAGUCGAACCUGAACAUUAGGCAGUCCACUAGGUUGACUUACUCCUUUACCAAUUUGCUGCGCCAGGCAAAUUUUACUCUUCACUCUUACGCUGCUUGGUCUGUCUUCAUUCUGUCGUUGUUUGAUCUCUAACACUAAAAAGCGCUCAGUCCAAAUCUUAGGGACCUUCGAACAGCAAAAACAGCAUUCCUUCAGUUAUAUCAUAUAAGGGUUUGCCCAAAGUCAAAUGGCCUCCUCUUCCACGCCGCCUCGAUGUACUUAUCAUGUGUUCUUGAGCUUCAGAGGCGAAGACACCCGCAAGGCCUUCACUGACCACCUCUACACAGCAUUAUUAGGUUCAGGUUUUCGCACAUUUAGAGAUAAUGAUGGUAUUGAGAGAGGUGAAAAUGUUAGAUCAGAACUAGACAAUGCAAUAAGAGAAUCAAGGAGUUCAAUAAUUGUGUUUUCCAAAGACUAUGCUUCUUCCAGAUGGUGCCUUGAUGAACUUGUGAUGAUCCUUGAACACAAGAGGACAUCAGGACAUGUAAUUUUACCCGUCUUCUAUGAUGUGGAUCCUUCCCAAGUUAGGAAACAAAUGGGGAGUUUUGCAGAAGCCUUUGGUAGACACGAAGAGCGAUUCAUGGGGGAAACUAAUGAAAGGAAGAAGGAGUAUCUGAGGAGAAAGGUGGAAGGGUGGAGGGUGGCACUUAGAGAAGUUGCUGAUCUAGCAGGGAUGGUCUUACAGAAUCAAGCUGAUGGGUAAUUUCCUCAUAUCUUUAUUACUUAGACUUCAUUUGGUAAUGCAUUAUGAAACUGUUUUUGAGUUAUUAAAAACUGUAAUAUUCAUUAGUUAGUUUUAAUUAGAGUUCGCCACCUAGUGCUGUGGCGAGUGCUAUCCCACCUCAGAUUUGUUUGUGGUUGUGUGGAUUUGAGUUACCGGAAUCAGUCACUAUACCAAAAAAGUGGGGCUGAGGUACUGUCAAACAUAUAUAAGUGAACAACAUAUAUGUUAAUAUACUUUAUACAAAAACAUGUGCUGGUAGAAGUUGAUUAUUGUGAUGAUAGUUGCCAUGGUGGUAAAAGUUUUAGGAAUAGCCCUUUUGCAUAAAUAUUGCAUAUCAUUUUAUUUUGGUGGGCAGUUGUGUAUUUAAUUUGUAGUGGAGUCGUCUUCUUCUUCUUCUUCUUCUUCUCUCUCUCUCUCUCUCUCUCUUUUCUGAUUGUUGAAG